UUGUAAACAUUCUUGUAUUUUGGUAUUUCUCAAGUCUGAAAAAUAGCAGUGAAAUAAUUAAUUAAAAUGUUAUUUAAUCCGAGAUAGAUAGUAAACACAUUUGGCACUAUACAACCCACGUUCGCACUUAGUUUUGCCGAAAUUAAGACCUUGCGCCGUUAAGAAAAUAAUUCCAGGUGAAAUAACGCAGGGAGGAACUCACGACUACCGUACGGACAAAUCAUUAUCAGAACCACGCAAAACCUGCAACACAUCAUGAGUACCAAAGAUAAAUAUUCCAGUGAUAAGAUAUUAUGCCCAGUGUGUAAUAAAGAAUUUGACAAAGAGAUAAUAGAGAUACAUGUUAAUAAAUGCAUAUUUUUACAUAGUUUAACCUUAGACAAACUAUCCAAAAGAAAUGGGUCAGAUUUUGAGGAAAUUGGUUCUCAACAGAAGAGGAUUAAAAUGGAUGUUAGCCCUGUCAGUAGAACUUCUUUAGAGCAGGCAGAAUUGUCUAAGACAUCAUCAAAGGGACUUUUAAUGGAAUCACCUAAGUCUGCAGUAACACAAGAAACCAGCAAACAAUCUUCAAGUACAACACUUAAUAACGCUUGUAAAAAUAUUCCAUUAGCAGAGGAAAUGAGGCCCAUGUUGCUAGAAGAUAUAAUUGGACAGGUUGAAUCUUUUGGUGCUGAGUCAAUGUUAUAUGCUAUGCUUUUGAAGAAAAAAAUACCAAAUAUGAUACUUUGGGGUCCUCCAGGAUGUGGAAAGACAUCUGUGGCAAAUAUUAUUGCCAACAUUUGUAAGGACGAAAAUAGCAUGAGGUUUGUCAAGCUAUCAGCAACAAUGUGUGGUAUAAAUGAUGUCAAAGAAGUAGUGAAGGUCGCUAAGAAUGAAAUAAAAUUUAAGAGGCAAACUGUUCUAUUUAUGGAUGAGAUACAUAGGUUUAACAAACUACAACAAGAUAGUUUUCUGCCUCACGUUGAAAAUGGCACAAUAACACUAGUGGGCGCAACUACAGAGAAUCCUUCCUUCAGUUUAAACAAUGCACUUUUGAGUCGCUGCAGAGUAGUAGUACUCAGCAAACUGACUGUUCAUGACGUGCUGUUGAUAUUAGAGAGAGCUGUCGUGAGAAAAGAACUAGCUGUGGUAGUUGAUAGAAUUACCGAUAAACUAAGCCUUGAAGAGGAACAUAAGUGCAUAAUAGAACGUCAGUCGCUGCAGUGGCUUGCAGAGGUAUGUGACGGGGACGCGCGGGUCGCUCUCGGCGCACUCGAGCUGGCACUGGGAUCAGCUUCAGGUCUUGGCUGUCAUGUCAUCGGACUGGAACACUUGAAGAAAGGGAUCAAGCGCUCGCACAUGCUAUACGACAGACAAGGUGAAGAGCAUUACAACAUCGCGUCAGCGAUACAGAAAUCGAUACGCGCCAGCGACGACAACGCCGCUCUGUACUGGACGACGCGCGCUCUUCACGGCGGAGAAGAUCCCUUGUUCAUAGCUAGGAGACUUGUUAGGACCGCCGCUGAAGAUAUCGGGCUGGGCGAUCCAAACGCAUUAGUGGAAGCUGUGGCUUGCAUGCAGGGCUGCCAACAAAUAGGCAUGCCAGAGUGCGAUGUGCUACUGGCUCAAUGUGCGGUGAGGUUGGCUCGAGCUGACAAGAGCACAGAGGUGUACCGCGCAAUGAAGAGCGUGCAGAACUCGCUGAGACAAGCGAAGGGACCUCUGCCGCCAGUACCGCUUCACUUGCGUAACGCGCCAACAAAACUUAUGAAAGAUUUGGGGUAUGGCAAAGGUUACAACACGAGACAUCGAGAUGCGUCCGGCCUAACUUAUAUGCCAGAGGGACUAGAACAUGUGAAUUUUUUUGAUGAAGAAAACGGCGGGUAGUCUUUAUACGACAUCUACGAAUCUCGGUUGUAAAACUAGUUUUUUUUUUUGUGUAUUAAAUUUAUCGUGAAAACCGCCUUUACAAUGUGAUAAAACUUUAAUGUUAGUUAUAAUCGUACCUCCCCGAGACGUCAUGGCAACGUCGCUGACAACGUAGCCACAAUUAAUAUAUUAUCCACGGUGUAUGUGGAAUUCUAGAUUCUGGUGCGUUGGUGACGUAGCCAAAAUUUCUGAUUUUAAUCGUGUUGCCAUCACUUCAGUGGCCGUGUUAAAUACCUACU